CGCCGGCGCAUGUGCAGCGGCUCGGGGAAGCUGCGGACGCCAGCGGGGCCCGGCUGCUCCCGGCUCUGCGGCUCUGUGUGUGGGGUCAGGCUGAGGACGGAGCCGUCAGGCUGCCCGGGCAUGAUGGAGCAGGUCGGGAAGCGGUCGGGGCCGGCGGCUCGGCUGGACACCAUCCUUCGGCACCUCUCGCCAGGGCUGGGAGCAGCCCCUGUGCCUAUAAGUGUUCCUACUUCAGCCCAAGUUAGUGCUGUUGCUCAUCCAGGGCGGUUUCGCUACACCCUGGACAAUGAUGUCCUCACCGUGGAACAGAGGCAGUUCUAUGAAGACAAUGGGUAUUUGCUCAUUAGGAAGCUCGUUUCUGAUGAAGACAUUGAGCGCUUCAGGAAGGAGUUUGUGAGAAUCUGUAAAAGAGAAGUGAAGCCACCAGGAGCUAUGAUUAUGAAAAAUGAGUCCCUGAGAUCCCAGUAUGGUCAGUCUGAAAAAGUUGUCAAUAAAGUGCAGGACUUCCAGGAAGAUGAAGAGCUGUUCAGAUACUGUACUCUGCCAGAAGUCCUCAAAUAUGUUGAGUGCUUCACAGGACCAAACAUCAUGGCAAUGCACACCAUGCUGAUAAAUAAACUUCCAGAUUCUGAGAAGCAGACUUUUCUCCACCCCAUGCACCAGGACUUGCACUACUUCCCCUUCCGGCCUGCCGACCUCAUCGUGUGCUCCUGGACUGCUAUGGAGAGGGCUGACGAAAGCAAUGGGUGCCUCAUCGUGCAGCCAGGGACACACAAGUUGACCCUGAAGCCUCAUGACUACCCAAAGUGGGAGGGUAAAACCAACAAACUUUUCCACGGGCUGCUUGAUGAGGAUGAGACAAUUCCCAAGGUUCACCUUGUCAUGGAGAGGGGAGACACAGUGUUCUUCCAUCCCCUGCUCAUUCAUGGCUCUGGGAUAAACAAGACUUCAGGCUUCCGAAAGAGUAUAAGCUGUCAUUUUGCCAGCUCAGAGUGCUACUACAUUGACGUCAAGAACACGACCCAGGAGCACCUGGAGAAAGAAUUGGCUGAAAUGGUUCAAAAGAAGUACGACACCGCUCAUCUGAAACUCAUGGAUAUUUGGAACUUCCGAGCGCGCCUUGUGCAAGGGGAAAGAAUUAACCUGUAGAACAACCUCUGAAGAGAAGGAUGAAGGACACGUACCCGAGAAUGAGCUGCACUGGUUGGAGAGCACAGGUGUUGACCUCUGUAUUGGUAACUUAGCCAAAUGCUACACUGCAAAAUCAUGUUAUGCUAAUAGAAAGUAAUUGCACUGAGGCAGAACAGCUGACGCACAUCAAAGUAAAUCUAGCCUAGAAAAAGAGAGGUUUGCUGUGGUUAGCUGAAGAAUUAAGGUCUCCAAAGAACACCUUCACUUUCUUCAUGUUUUCAUUCUUGCUUUUUAGAAGUUCCUCAUGACCUAUCUUUGGAAUGAUGCUAUUUUAACAUAAGAUUUUAUGCAAGGGUAUGGUUUUUAAUGUUUCCAACAUAUUUUUCUAUGCAAAAGAAAUCAAAUUAAUCAGAGUUUCAUGCAAGCUCUUAGUAAGAGCUCACAUGAGAAGUUAGUACAGCUGAGGAUGAGGAUAUUGGUACCAACAGAAUCAGAGGGAGCAAUCACUGACAUAAAAAAGGGCUGGAACGUGGUUACUAGCAGAGUUCCUCAAACGCGACCUGGUGUGGCAUUGUGUCUUACCAGCAGCAUAGCACAAGUGAAAUACAUGGCUGGCAGGGUUGGGAGCUGCUGGGCCAACAAAUCAGCUUCCUGUUGGCCUUUAGCCAGUUGAUCCAAGGCUGUGUGAAGAAAUCCUCCCCUGAGCCUGGCAGGUCUGGGAAAGGGAACCUUUUGCUGCUGCCAGGUCAGGGCAGUAGUUGGAUGCUCUUUGGGAUGCACUGGUGGCAGGAUGGAGCAAUAUGCACUGAAAUAAUCCUCUUGCCUUUCAUAUUGGUUUUCCUUGCUUUCUGAAAGAUUCUUUUGCUUUCAGAAUCAUUUUUUUGGAAAUCCAGAUUAAAUCAGAGCAAAAAUGCA